GAGCCGAGAAAAUAAUCAAAGUGCAGAUUGGCCAGGGGGUGAAGCGGCACCUCGCGAUACUUCUUCAUCGCUGCGUCAGCUGCCGGACGCUCUCACACUUCGGCUGGAUCGAAUUCGAUCCCUCUUUUUCCUUGGUGUGCGCUGACGCUUCACCGCUACACCUUUCUUUCUCCCAAGGAUAAUUUGAAAGUGGGCAACCAAACAGCGACAGCAGUUAAUGCUCUACGCAAUGGCUCCUCCGAGCUUCACGCGCUUCAUGCUGCGGCGUGUGCUCUGUACGACGCUCUUCUUCAUUACCCUUCUCGUGGUCGUCUCCACGGCGACCUCGGUGUACUACGUGGUGCGCAUCAACACCACCGAGAAGCACCAGAGAGCACGGGCACUGAAGUCAGCGCAGGCAGGAAAAGCAAAUGCAGAAGACGAUGGCGCGUUAACGCAUCUUUACGAGGCCUCCGAGCGUGCUCAUGCAGCAGCAGCAACAGCAGCAGAGUCACCACAUCAGCCUGCGGAACGCGCCACCCGUGCCGUGCACGGGGAGUUAGCCGGUCGGCUGCGCAGCCCCUCCACACCGCGCUACGAGGAGCCAUAUAAGGUUUUGGCGGUGAAUGCACCUCUGUCAAGACAGGCCGUGCGCAACCCAACGUUCUCGGCGACCAUCCCGCUGUGGGAGAACGUGGAAACGACAGGAGAGGAAACGCAAGGAAUGGACGAGCACGCGGUGUCGCGCGUACGCGUACCCGCACGUCAGCGCUACGUGUUAGCUGGCCUUGAGGCGGGUAAGCACUACAUGCUGCGCCUGAGUUUUCUCGGGUCCCCGAGUGUGACCUUCGAGAUGCUGCUCUAUCAAGUCCCGCGGUCACAGCUGGACACUGCGCGACAUAAGGCGGAAGCGACCGCUGUGGAGGAAGCGAAAGAAGGGGAGGACUCACGCCAUCGGCCGCGUGUGCCAAACUGGUCCACCGUGCCGCAGGACACGGAGUUACGCGUAUUUGCGAUGAGCGCCACGAGUGCGCAAGAGUUUGAUGAGGAAGAGGAGGAUAUCUGGCUAGAGGAGGCAGCGGAGGAGGACGACGUGGGCGAUGUGGCAGGCGCCGGUGUGACUCGUGUGCCGCUGCACACGUCGAAAGCCUCGACGGGCCGCUACGUGCCGGUGGUGGAGGUGCGCCCGCGGGCUCUCUCCAUCCCGAUCGACGCCGCACGGCUGCCGGUGGUGCGCUUUAACAUCGCCGUGGAGCCGCUGAGCUCGUCGUUUCUGCCGCAGGUGGCGGUCCCCCUUAUCGCGUACGGGGCGUGGGUGACGGUUUUCAUCGGGUACCUGUGCAUCUACACCUUUGUGAGCAGCGGCGUUGCCGGGGGCAGGCCGCACGACGAGUGA